AUGGCACGUGUUCAGAAAUCUCGCAAGGCCGCCUCCUCUGCCACCGCCCGCCACGUCAAGCGCGCCAAGAAGCCGGCUGUUGUGCCCAAGGUGGCGCCGCCCAAGCCCGUCCGUACCGAUAUGAUUCUCGCGAUGAACGACCCCUACAUGCAACAGAUCAUCGACGGCACCAAGACCCACGAGUUCAGAAAGUACAACAUGGCCGGCGUCAAGAGAAUCUGGUUUUAUCGCACCGCACCACAUUCCGCCAUCACACACAUCUGCCCCGUGGACGAGGCCGUCACCCGAAACCCGGGCGACAAGCCCCUCCCCGAAGACGGCCUGGGGAACAAGGAGUACAAUGAGGAGCAUGUGGACUACGAAGGCUACGACUACGCAUAUCGCAUCAAAGAGGUGUAUGAGAUCAACGCAGAGGGGGGAAAGGGGAUUGCAUGGGCAAUGAUGAGAGAUGAGCAUAGCAUGAAGAUUGCACCUCGUGGAAGAGUUACUGUCCCAGUUUCCAUGGUGGCGCAAUACCCUCUGGAGAACCAGCGCAAGAUUCGUUAG